AUCUGUUGUCGGUCGAGUAACAAAACCUCAUCUGAACCCUAAUCUUAAUCUCGCAGAAGAUGGCGUUCGCAGGGCGGUGGUUCGUGUGGCCGCGAAAAGCAACCCGGGGGAACGACACUCUCCAACGAGGCUCUGUGCCGAUCACGGUCUCGCUGACGCCGCUCGUCGCCCUGUUCCCUGCGAGGAGGAAUCUCAUGAAGUCUCAUCAGUGGAGUUUGUCCCAUCGGCGAACAACGACAGCAGCGACAGUGUCUUCCUUCAGCAGCAGCAACAACGUCUUCCUCCAGCGGUAGCAGCGACGUCUUCCUCCAACAGCAGUGGCGGCAGCGGCAGCGGCUUCUUCCCCUCCCUCCCGCCCAAUCAUUUGGCCAGAUGAAGGAAGCAGAAGGUGUUUCCACCAAAAGAGAGGGAAUCAUGCAGCUCCUCAAAUUGCAUCGCACAAAGCUCCUGUCCAAAUCAAUUUGAUUUGGCAUUUGCUUGUCGGAACCCAAACCAGAUCACCUUCACAACCUGAGACAAAAAGGAGAUAUGUUGGCUUUGUUAUCAGCAAUCCCAUUUCUGCCCUCAUGCACUAAUCUUUCUCUUUCCUCUCACAAAAAUACUGCUUUAUAUCCCAGAAUUUGCUCUCAAAAGCUCUCUGUAUCUUUCAGGUGCAAACUCGAUCCAUGGAAUCAAGACGUCUCUCUCGAUCGGAAUAGCUUCUUGUCCGUGUCCAAUGAUCAUGAGAAAGUUGUUGGGACUUUACAUUUGCUGCGUGUAUUGAAAUCUAAGCAGGAGGCGAACACAAUCUUAUUCCAGCGCGCAUGCACAGCGGAGAACAGCGAACGAUUCCCCACCACCUGUCAUCUUCCUGUCAGAUGAAAGCUGCCUCCCUGUCCGUAAACCAUGGAGCCAAUCAAACCAAGGCGCUGCAGAUUCUGAAAUGGUCACAUCCCAACAGUUAUCCUUUCCCCUUCUCCGCCACAUCCAAAGCUGAGUCCUGUUCGUUUUUGGAAUGCCGCCCAUUUCCUCCUCCCUGCCAUGAGUCUUGUUCUGACCACAGCCCGAUGAGCAGCAGAACAUAUCCAGAAAAAGCCACAAGGAAGCAGAAGCAUGGAAAAGAAAGAGGGCAGGCACUUUUACUGCGCACCUGGAUGCCACGGAAAAGAUGAUAACCAUGGUUGCUUCUUUGCUGCAAGCUAAAUUGUCAUACUUGAUAGCAGUAAACUCCACUGUGGAGCUGCAGAGUUCAGAUAGAUACUCAAAACAGAUAGAAGAAUUCUUCAAGUACUGCAAAAACAUACCAAUGUUUGCUUUUCAGACCAAAUUCAGGUGCAUCUGAAGCAUCUGAAGACCUCAACUCCGUCUACAUGCUCUGACCAACACGAAGCAAGUGAGAACUGUUAUCUACAGAUUUGGACAUGGAAGGAUUUAAACGGGAGGAAUGUUCCUGCGGAUCUGAAUCGCGAAAAGUGCCUUUCACGUCAUGAUCUGAAUCGCGGCCUCUGAUCAUGGUAUGUGACUCACGAUGUGAUCGGAGCGGCAGUGCGAUUCUUGAUGUGUGCCACAUCCUGUCGUCUUGAGACGAGCCGGGACGUGGAAGCAUGUACCACGAAGGUAAGAACAGGAUCAUCUUACAGCUCCUAUGGGGCACAUUAAAAGCUCUUCCUCGGACCAAGGAUCGAUCAACAAGCAACACUAGCGAGCAACAGCAAGUUGAUGCUUUCGAGUACUAUAUUAUGUUUUCCUGGUCCUACAGCCCCUUUGCAAAGCACAACAUGAUAACCAGUGUGCUUUUGAGUCGGUGCCUCACAAAUCUGCAGUGAAGUGCCUGCCCUCUUCCUCCAGGUUUUCUUCUCGAUUACUUGCUCUGUUUACCCUACCUGAUAUGCAUGGAAGAAGUUUGGAAGGACAUAAGCCUCAGCACCCUCCACCAAGACGUGCCCUCAACCCCUCUCCUCUCCUUCCACCACCACCACCACCGGACCUUCCACACUUCCAACCCCACCACCACCUCCUCUUUCGGAGGCAUCACCCUCGAGGACUUCCUUGCGGAUGCCCCCAAAGAAGCAACUCGGGUUCCUCCUCCAAGCAGCCGUCCUCCGGCUUCGAUUGAUCCCAGUCCUGACAACUCCGUCAGGUUCUUUGGCUAUGAUCUCAAUACCAGCGCCUGUGAUUGUAAAAUCAGUGGCUCUUCCUUCAACGACGCUCACUCUGAGUGCACGAAGAAGCGUUCACCGGAGCAGCAGCCUAACAGGAGCAUCGACGGCCAAGACGGCGCCGAGCGCAGGAAGAAGCGGAUAAUCAAGAACCGCGAGUCGGCUGCUCGAUCGAGAGCCAGGAAACAGGCCUACAUAAAUGAGCUUGAGCUAGAAGUUGCUCGUCUGCUGAAUGAGAACCAUGCGCUAAGGAGAGAGCUUGAAGAGCUGCGUAUGACAGUAGUAGCUUCACAGAACCCCACUGCUUCCAGGCGUGCGCUGCAGAGAACUGUAACAGCUCCAUUUUGAGUUGGAAAACCAAGAAAAGAAGGUUGCCUUUGGCAGCAAAUCCCACGUACAAGCCUGCUCUCCGAUCUGUGUUCCAGUGCUUCUGAUCUGUGCUGGUGUAGAUAUGGCAGAGUCCAACAAAGAAGAAGAGAACAGCACAGUUAUAUUGAUAUGUACACAUAGGUCCGUGUCUUUGCUUUCUUCCAAUGUGUAUAAUUAUCGCCACUCGGUUUGGUUUUGCUUGUAUAGAUAUAUAAAUUACUUGAACAAGGAAGAAUGGUACA